GAAAGCAGCCUGGGAGGUUUGCAUGGUGUUUGCAUCUGCAAGCCUCUUUUCCCCUGCAGAGGAGCAGUUCCUACAGGGAAGUCCUUGCCUGAAGAGAGGAAUUGGGAGCAAAGCAAGGAGACCUUUUGAGUCCUGUUGAUAGCAUAGAUGGAGAAGAGAGUGAAGAUGGAAGAGCAAAACUUUGCAGCAAAAGGCCCCCGUAUCAUCCGGGAAGGGAGCAGUGCAGAGCCCUGGGAAGGAAGAGUGCAGGAGAACCAUCCUGGGAGCAGCACCAGCUCAGACGUGGAGCGCCAGCACUUCAGGGAGUUCUGUUUCCAGGAAGCCAAAGGGCCCCGUGAGGUUUGCAGCCAAAUCCACCACCUUUGCUGUCAGUGGCUGAAGCCAGAAAUGCUCACAAAAGCUGAGAUGCUGGACCUGGUGGUCCUGGAGCAGUUCCUGGCUGUCCUGUCCCCGGAGAUGGAGAGCUGGGUCAGAGAAUGUGGAGUGGAGACCAGUUCCCAGGCGGUGGCCCUGGCAGAAGGCUUCCUCCUGAGCCAGGCGGAGGACAAAGAGCAGGUGCAACUGAUGUUGGUGAAUGCAUCCACAUAUUCCCCUGAGGCAGAGGAGGCUCCAUCAGGCACCACACAGAGGCCGCUGGACGGGUGGAUCUUGCAGGAGGGUGAUGGAGGUCCCUCCUCACUGGGGAAUGAAGAGACCUUCAAAGAGGGUGAACUGACUCCUAGGCCUCCUUCGCUUUGUGGUGUUGAGGAAGCGGUUUCUGCGCAGCCUGGGCAGGGUUUGGUGACCUUUGAGGAGGUGGCCGUGCAUUUCUCGGAAGAGGAGUGGGCUCUGCUGGAUCCAGGCCAAAGGACUCUGCACAAGGAAGUCAUGGAGGAGAAUCGUGGGAUCCUGGCCUCUCUGGGUGAUCUCAGAGACAGCAAGAAAAAAGGUGUACACCAGAGAUGGAAAAUGGAAACUGAAGAAAAGUGGGGAAACAAAUCCAUUUCUAUUGAAGGGUCAGACGUCUGUGAAAGUCCAUUAGUAGAACAAUCAAGGAAAAGGAAUAUUCACAAUAGGCAGACACAGUGGAAAAGCUCUCAGUAUAUAGAGACGCAGAAGAUACACCUUACCAAACGUCAAAGAUUUCACUCAGGGGAGAAAAGUUUUCAGUGCUUAGAGUGUGAGAAGAAAUUCAGUUGCAACUCAAAACUUAACUUGCAUAAAAGAAUUCACACAGGGGAGAAGCCCUAUAAAUGUUCUGAAUGUGGAAAGGGUUUUACUCUACGCUGGAAUCUUAAAGAACAUCAAUAUAUCCACACAGGCAAGAAGCCCUUUAAAUGCCGUGAAUGUGGAAAGGGUUUUGCUCAGAGCAGGAAACUGAAAGUCCAUGAAUAUAUCCACACAGGGGAGACACCCUUUAAAUGCUCUGAAUGUGGAAAGGGCUUCACUGAGUGCAGGUAUCUUAAACAGCAUGAAAGCAUUCACACAGGGGAGAAGCCCUUUAAAUGCUCUGAAUGCGGGAAGGGUUUCACUGAGCGCAGGUAUCUUAAAGCACAUCAAAGCAUCCACACAGGCAAAAAGGCCUUUAAGUGCUCUGAAUGUGGAAAGGGUUUCACUUUGCGGAAAAGUCUUAAAUUACAUCAAAGCAUUCACACAGGGGAGAAGCCCUUUCAAUGCUCUGAAUGUGGAAAGGGUUUCAAUUUUCGUGUAAAUCUCAGGCAACAUCAAAUUACCCACUCAGGUGAGAAGCCUUAUAAAUGCUCAGAAUGUGGAAAAGGUUUCACUUGUCGUGUAAAACUCAGGCAACAUCAAAUUAUUCACACAGGGGAGAAGCCCUUUAAAUGCUCUGAAUGUGGAAAGGGUUUCAGCAGGAGCUGUAGCCUUAAACAGCAUCAAAGCAUUCACACAGGGGAGAAGCUCUUUAAAUGUUCUGAAUGUGGAAAGGAUUUUACUCAGCGCUGGAAUCUUAAAGUACAUCAAAAUGUCCACACAGAGGAGAAGCCAUUUAAAUGCUCUGAAUGUGGAAAGGGUUUCACUGAGCGCAGGAAUCUUGAAGUACAUCAAAAUAUACAUAGAGAGGAGAAGCCCUAUAAAUGCUCUGAAUGUGGAAAGGGUUUCAGAAGUCGCUCUAGCCUUAAACGGCAUCAACGCAUUCACACAGGGGAGAAGCUCUUUAAAUGCUCUGAAUGUGGAAAGGGUUUCAGCAGUAGCUCUAUUCUUAAACGGCAUCAAAGCAUUCACACAGGGGACACGCCCUAUAAAUGCUCUGAAUGUGAAAAGGGUUUCAGCAGUAGCUCUAGCCUUAAACGGCAUCAAAGCAUUCACACAGGCAAAAAGCUCUUUAAAUGCUCAGAAUGUGGAAAGGGUUUCACUCGGAGCGGGUAUCUUAAAGCACACCAAAAUAUUCACACAGGUCAGAAGCCCUUUAAAUGCUCUGAAUGUGGAAAGGGUUUCACUGAUCGCAGGAAUCUUGAAGUACAUCAAAAUAUACAUAGAGAGGAGAAGCCCUAUAAAUGCUCUGAAUGUGGAAAGGGUUUCAGAAGUCGCUCUAGCCUUAAACGGCAUCAAAUCAUUCACACAGGGGAGAAGCCCUAUAAAUGCUCUGAAUGUGGAAAGGGUUUCAGCAGUAGCUCUAGCCUUAAACGGCAUCAAAGCAUCCACACAGGCAAAAAGCUUUUUAAAUGCUCAGAGUGUGGAAAGGGUUUCACUCGGAGCGGGUAUCUUAAAGUACAUCAAAAUAUUCACACACUUGAGAAGCCCUUUAAAUGCUCUGAAUGUGGAAAGGGUUACAGUUCCAGCACAAACCUUAACAACCAUCACAGAAUCCAUAUAGGCUAGAAGCCCUAUCAGUGCUCAGAGUGCAGAAAGAGCUCUGCUCACAGCGCACACCUCAAACGUCAUCGAAGAAUUCACACAGAGGCAACGCCGUAGAAGUGCUCAGAGUUUGUAAAGCAUUUUAAUCAGACAUUGCACCUUGCCUCACAUCAAAUGAUCCACAAAUGCUCUGUAUGUGGAAAGCACUUUUGUCAGUGCUCAUGCUGUAACUUGCAUCCAUGCAGAAGAAAAGCCUUUUCAAAGCUCCAUGUGGAAAGGGUUUGCUCUUGCAGCUCAGACUUCAAGCAAGCUGGGAGAAUGGGCAUCCAAAUGGCAGAUGCGGUUCAAUGGAAG